UAGUGAAGACGUCGGCGGCGGCGGCGGCGGAGGCGUCUUGCCUGCCAGCGGUUCUUCUCUCCCGCUCUCGACUCUCGGAAAUCACGGCCGCCGCGCCGCAACCACGUGCCCGCGGACCACGGUCGAUCGCAUCGUGACGCUUCCGACGCGUCAGUCUCAUUCGGCUCUCCGCGGCACCGACGUCGCGACCUCAACGCCCCACGAGUCGUGUCCAUCGCGUAUAGCGUCAAAACGUACACGACACGAUAAAAAAAAAAAAAAUUAGUGUUUGAUUAACGCAUUAUCGUUUUGCGACACAUAUAUUUUGUAUUUUUUUUAUUAUUAUUUAUUAUUAUUGUUACCUACUACAAAACCAUUCGUCGCGCUUUUUCUUUCACGCCGACAUCGUCACCAUAUACCUUUUGACGAGGCGGAAGGAACUCACUGCCGCCGCGACUUUUAUCGCAAAGUCAUGGACCCGCACCCGCGGCGGCUCGUCCCGCUGUCGGUGGCACCGUCGCUGCUGGUCGUCGUCGCCGUGAUGGCGGGUUGCGGUCGCCCGGCCGCCGCGCUCAAGUGCGAAGCCGGCGACGUCAGCUUCGAACUGCUCACCGGGUACGCGGCCAGUCCGGCGGCCAAGCACGCGAUGCGCGAACAGUUGGCCCUGUUCACGUUGCCGCAGUGCAUAGACGCCUGCAGGUCGGACGACCAGUGCGCCGCAGUCACGUACGAGACGGGCGUCUGCGUGUCGUACGCCGCGGUGCCUCAGAAGAACGCCAACGCGGAUUUUCCAUUGAAACGAUCGCAUUACCCAACACAUACUGCAACAGUUGCUAGGAAAAUAUGUGUCCGGACACCGAAGUCGUGUAAUCAACGGUCUUGGAGUUUCGAUACAAUUCACGGGGAACUGAAAGUUACUUCCAGACAACAUUUCAAAGCUAUUUCACGGUCUGGUUGUAUGGACAAGUGCUUAAACGAGAAGAGCUUCCAAUGCAGGUCCGUCAACUUCAACAAGGAGACAGGCGACUGUUACUUAAACGACGUGGAUCAGUUCACCGUGUCCGGGCGCCCGCCAAUCAGUAACCGGUCGGCCGACGUCGUGGACUACAUGGAGUCGAACUGCGUGGUCGAACAACCGAAGAUGUGUGACUUCGCGGAGGUUGGCGGAAAGCUACUAAGAACGGUGGAUGCCAUCUACGAGAACGUGCCCACCGCGGACCGAUGUAAGGAGAUAUGCCUGGCGUCCAAGGAGUUCCAGUGCCGUUCUUUCGACUACAACGAGACGGGCGUGAACGUGUGCCGCGUCUCGCACCACAGCACGUCCAGUCUGUCGCAGCAGCAGCAGGACCACCGCCCUUACCUGACGGUUGCCGGUGCCACCACUUACCAGAUGUCGUCGUGCUUCAGCGUGAAGAUCGACUGCCGUGGUGCGGACAUGGUCGCGUCCGUGCACACCAACCGACUGUUCAACGGUAAAGUGUACGCAAAGAACCGACCGACUUCUUGCGUCAAUGACGUCAAGAGCACGCUGGACUUCGAGCUCCGGUUGGACUAUCACAGCCCGAGCUGCGACGUCCGACAGGACCAACCCGGAAAGUUUUUCACUGAAAUCAUUAUCCAGCACCACGAUCAGAUCGUCACGGGUCAGGACAUCGGAUUGUCCGUGCGGUGUUCGUACGACCUGCAGAAUCGAAGCGUGGGCCAGGGCAUUGAGCUGGCGAUGGCGCCGGCCGUGGAAUCUGACGACGACGGGGCCGAGUCAGAUGCUCUUGACAAAAACGGCAGUGCAGGCGGAAGUGGAGGCAACGGCGUAGAAGAAACGGCAUUUGUAAUCUCACCCACAGUGAUGAUGAGGAUCACGAACCGGGCGGGCGGUGACAUACACGCUGCGCAGGUGGGUGACCCGCUCAGCCUCAGGUUUCACAUACUCGACGACCGUUCGCCGUAUGAGAUAUUCGUCCGGGAGCUGAUCGCCCUAGACGGCGUGGACACCAGCGAGAUACUGCUUAUCGAUGGUGACGGUUGCCCCACGGAUCCGGCCAUCAUGGGGCCGAUAUCGGCCGUGGACACGGGUGGUGGAGGCACCGUCAAGAUUCUGGAGGCGCCAUUCGACGCCUUUAAGUUCCCUACGUCUGACAUCGUUCAGUUCAAGGCACUGGUCACGCCGUGUUUGCCUAAGUGCGAGCCCAUCAACUGCAACGUGGUGGGUCAUAACGGCGCGGUCCGCCGGGCCGACUCUUUUGGAAGGCGGCGCCGUAGACGUAGCGUUGGCGGCGGCAACCAGACCGAAGAAGUGGUCUUCCAGGAGAUCCGCAUCGAGGACAAGUUCAAAUUCGAAGCCCAACGGGGCGAGCCCGGUCACGAGAUCAACUUCUCCGGCGGCAGCGGCCCCGCCACGUCCACCACUUCCUCGGGCGACCAGAACACGUACUGGAACACGUACGCGUUCGCACUGGUGCUGGUCGCGUUCGUAGUGCUCCAGCUGUUCGUCAUAUUCGCGUGUUGGCUGUGCGCCACUCACAGGUCGCGGGGCAACCACGAGGACGCCUCCAUAUACGAAUCGGCCAUCAGCGAAUACGCGUCCACCGUCCGGACACCGAUAUCCUGGGACAACAGCUAUUACAAAUGAUUCGUCGGGGGAUACCGAAUUACCGGUUACGCGGUAUAAUCCCUUACUCUAUACCUUAUAUAUAUUAUUACGUAGGUAUAGGUAAAGUGCGUACACCGCCACGGUUGUCCGUGACCGCGUCUCGGACAGUCGAAACCGUGAACUCAUUCACUCGUAGGUUACGUAAUAUUAUUGUUAUAUAAGAUAUUAUAUCGAUGUAAAUUAAAUAAUAACUAAACUGCACUCAUUGACGACAUAUUGAACACGGCGGUAUAGAGCCGUUGACUGGGUCGUAUGGGGAUGGGCUUGUCGCCGCACGGGAACGACAUAAUUCGUCGUCUAUAUAUUAUAUAUACUACAAUAUGCAUUAGAUAUAUUACAUAUUAUUGUUAUGUAAGUACUCGUAUUUAUUGUACGAGGUUCCGUGGUUAUUAUAAUUUUGGCAUUUUCUCGGUGGUUGAUCUGAUACGCAGAUAUACCUAUCUGUACGCUAUAUUACGAGUCCUUUUUUUUUGUUUUUAAAUCAUUUAAUGGGCGUGAUUAUUGUGUUUAUCCUCUCACUUGACUGUUCCCACCCUCCUUAACCACGAGCGGGGAAAAAAUUGUGAAAAUUCGUCAUUCCCACUACGAUAUCAAUUUUUUUCAUCAUUUUCAACUCAAUAUUUCAAAUAAACAUAAGAGGACGUCUCGCCGAUGGCUAUCGGUACGCUAACUCUUGGCUGACAGCUCUAACUUUUAAACCACUAUAUUAUAGAGAUCACUGCGACUGCAUUUUUGUGGAGAGCUCGUAUGCUUUUCAUUCAAAAACUACCCUAAUAAAAAAUUACAAUCGUUUAAAAAAAUAAUUUUAUAUACAUAUAUAUGAAUUUAUAAAAUCAUAAAAAAAGUUUACCUUUAAUUGCCAAUAUUUAACUACCCAAAGUACACCAAUUCAAGGAUGCCACACGACUAUUAGUUGUUUGUUGAAACAACUUAGCCUUUAAUCCCUCUUAAAAGCUCACAAAAAAAAAAAAAUAAGAAGUUUGAAAAAGAAAUGUUUCUAUUAGUUUUUUGAUACCAAUAAGACAAAAAUAUUUACGAUUGUUUCAAAAUCUUUAUUUUUGUGUUUAUAGACAUUUAAACUUGAGAAACUUUUUUCCUCCGCUUAAAUAAAAAAUAAAAACCAUAUUAUACAGUUAAAGUUUGCUGUUUUUGAUUAAUUUAUCAAACAUUUUAGAUUUAUGAUCUAUGCAUAACUGAAACCUCAUCGUCUCUUUUCGCUUAAAAAUAUUUUUUUUCCUUAAAUUUUUUAAUUAUGCAACAACUAAUACUGGUACGAAAGUAGGACAUUUUGUAAAUAUGGUUUUAAAGUAGAUAGUAUAUUAUUUUAAAUCUAUUAUUAUCCAAUUUCUUUUUUUUUAUUAUAUUUCAUUAGAAUGUGUUCUUUUAAAUUUUUCAAUAGAUUUUUGAGUUAACUUCUAUAUUAUUAUUUAUUUGUAAAUAAUAAAAUGCAGUCAGUAAUCACUAACCAUGUCUUGUGUGUACAGGGAAUUCUUAAUCCGUGUAAGUUCAUCACUACACUUUAUAAUAAUCCAAAAUUGUCAUUACGGUAGUAUUAUUAUUAGUAAUUAUCUUAAUAAUUUCAUAAAAAUUUUUAAAACUUCCGAGUUCUGAAUUAUUUAUUUUUAAUUGCUUUGUAACACUAUGACUAUACUAUAGUAUACUGAUAUUAACUACCCACACAAUAAUAAUAUUAUAUAUUAUCUUACCUAUCUUUAACAAAUUGAGCAUUUACGUAAGUACGAGUACAAGAAGUGUAUAAAUUAUAAGUAGUUCUUAAUAUUGCUCGAAAUUAUAUAUUUUAUAAAUUAUAAUUAUUAUUAGAAAUUUGCAUGAUAGAUGCCUGACAUACUGUAUUAAAUGCAACACUAAUAUAUUAAUAAGAAAUAUUGCAUAAAUAUUGUUGAAAUAUGCGCAAACGAUAAAGCUGAGUUCUAGAAAAUCACAUUUUAUAGUUUUAUGAAACUAUAAUACACUUAUUAGUUAUUUACUACUAUACUAUAAUUAUAUCUAACAUCUUUAAGUAAAUCUAUAUAUCUUAUGAAAUAAAUUCACAAGUACCUAACAGUUAAAUCUUAUCUCAUUAAGUUUAGGCUUAUUAGUUAAUGUAUUUAUUAUAAUUACUCAAACAAUACUCGGUUAAUUUAUUGUUUGUUUUUUUUUUUUUUACCUAAUACAAAAUGUACUUAAAUUUUAAAUGUAUUUAAUGUACCUACAUAUUCAUAUCAAACGUGAAAUUGUUAUCACUUAUAAAUUAUCAUAAACGGAUAUCACUAACUAUAAAGUUGUGUAAUAUUGAAUAUCUAAAUACGAGAAUACGUAUUUAGACAAUAAAUUUAUUUAUAAAGAAAAUCAUUAAUGAAAAUCAUCAAAUCAACAUUUGUAUAAACUAUACUAUAAGGCAAUCCAUAAUUUAUGACUUAUAGACAUCCUUUAAAAUAACUUAGGGUUAAUUACUUUUUACUGUAUUUAACUACCUAUUUAUAAUAGGUAAUUACUAAUUAUUGAUUUUGUAUUAUACAGAAAAUAUAUUUCUUGGAAUAUUUAUGUUUUAGAUUUAAGAUAUAAAUGUUAACUCUUUUAUAGUUUUAUAAAACUUCAUAUUAUAGAACUCGGUUUUAACGUAGAUAUAAAUGCCUUUUUGUCAAAAUUAACUACUACUAAAUCUAAUUUUAAGGUAUUGGUAUGCAUGUAUCAUUUAUUUAUUUUAUUUAUAUAUCAAGAACAAUUAUUGAUGUCUAUAGAAUUGUAAAGUAUUUUUUUAAAUAGAUACAUCUAUAAUAUAAUAACGAACUUUGUAUGGUUCAUGGUACUUGAAUUGGUCAAAUAUUAAUGGGUGAUAACUAAUAAUAAUAAUAAUUGAAUAUGGUGCUUAAUAUUAAUGAAAAGUUGUAUUAUAUUGAUAAUCAAUGUUUAUAAAUUACAAUUUAAUUAAUUUACUUAUUUUAUUGUAUUUAUCAUAAAAAUUAAGCUCUUGUAUGUUAAAAUAUACCUAAAGGUGAGGAUGACAUAUUAAAAUAAAUUUAUAAAACAGAUACUUAUAGGCUUUUAAAUAUGUUGUUUGUAUGAUAAUAAAAGAUAUACCUAAUUAUAAUUUUUUUUUUUUAAAUAUUAUCGAUUUGUUAUUAUUUUAUUUUAAUCAUUUUAAACUUACAAUGAUCUAUAUCACAUAAUUUUGGAAUUUAAAGUCAAUACGGUCACGUAUGACUAAAAGUACAUUCACCAAAUUAUUUAUUCUUUCUCGCAAAACCAAUAUAACUGAACCAUUUAAUAUUUGAAAUUUAUAUUGUCAACAUAUUAUAAGCAAUAUAUUACUACUUAUCACUUAUCAGAUAGGUAAUUCAAAAAUCCGGUAAUAUUAAGUUCUACAUAAAACUAUCCUUUGGAUAAAUGACAAUAUAUCCAACGAUAAUUUAUUUCAAUGUCAAAAAUAUGAAUAAU